AUGACAAAGAAGUUACUGGAGUGGAACGAGGACCUUAUCAAACAUCGAUCAAGCGGAAGUACGCCUCUGCACUUUGCAGCAUCAUGGGACAUCAAGAGAAGGGCCGGGCUACAGGGUGAUAUUAGCAGAAGGACCGAGCUACUAUUAGAUGCUACACCUCUGAACUUUGCAGCAGCAGCAUUGGAUAUCGACAGAAGGGCCGGGCUGCUACUAGAUGCCUACGAGUCUUCGGCAUAUCAGCCUGACAAUACUGGAUCAUUCCCCAUACAUGUGGCAGCCUUGGGGAACAACCUUGCCGUCGUUCAUGUGAUGCUGGAAAAGUGCCCCGACUGUGCCCAACUACGAGACGCCCAGGGCAGGACCUUCCUCCACAUUGCUGUCUCCAAGGACUACUACCAUUUAGUCCGAAGGAGUAUUUCUUUGCUCUUGAGAGGAAACCAUCUUUGGGCUGCUAAUGGCGCUUUUCAGAUGAGAAGGGUGUACAAGAUGCUAAUGGCUGCUGGGGCUAGAUUUGGUGUUCGCCGACGUGGUGAGGAGGCCCCUAUGCUAAAUGAGGAGAAGGAGGCAGAGACAAUCAAAGAGUCCACAACCAUCGUUGGCGUUGUAUCAGUGCUAAUCCUGACGGUUUCCUUCGCCGCCGCUUUCCAGUCACCUGGAGGAUAUAGCACUGAUGCCAACCGGGCAGGUACACCAGAACUCGCCAAGAUGUACUCCUUCCAGGCAUUCGUCGCGGCCAACAACCUGGCGACUUUGUGCUCCGGCAUGUCCACCCUCAGCCUCAUGUACGCUGGAGUGAGCACCGUCGACAUCCGCACACGCGGGAGGGCCUUCGUCAUAUCCGUCUUCUUCCUCAAGAGCUCGGCCCGGUGCCUCGCCGGCGCCUUUGUGUUCGGCACGUAUGCGGUGCUGGAUCCCGUUGCCCACGGGCAACCAAACAAGCCCCUUCUUGGCAGGGCUGUAGCUGUCCCUGGCAUCUUGAGGUCGGGGACGGCGAGCACCGAGGACGGCGAGCGGCUGGGCGCCGAGCUGUUGGCUGAAGACCUAGAGGAGGGUGCUGGGCAGCGCGUGUCCCGGGGCUCGUAG